AUGAAAACGCCUGCAGAGCUCAACCCCAACAUUGGUGAACCGGCUCCUUCUCCCUUUGGUUUUGCCAACGUCCCUGCUUUCGAGAAACCUAUUGAGAUCAAGAUCCAAGGCAUAAUUCCUUCCUGGGUCAAUGGUGUACUUUAUCGUUCAGGAUCCGGAAGGUACAAUGUAUUGAUGGAUAAUGGCGACACGCACCACAUCGGUCAUCCAUUUGAUGGUCUUGCCAUGUUGCAUCGUUUCGAGGUGUCAGGUGAAACACAAAAGGUCCAUUACACAUCCAGGCACACAUCACAUGGGCUCGAAGACCGUAUCCGUAACGACGACAAGACACUACUCACCUUUGGCCCUGAUCCUUGCAAAACGAUUUUUGGUCGUAUGCAAACAUUCUUUCACCAUAUCAUGGAAUUCAAUGACACCAUGCGCAAGCACGAGGAGGAUCCAGAAUAUGACUUGGUCAAUGUCACCAUCACACCCAAUUUUCCUAUUGGCCCACGACUCGAAAGGGAGACUGGUGUUAAGCGUGGUGAUGCCGUGGUUGUCAAGCGGGAUGCAAACACAUUACAAUUGGUGGAUAAGGAUACAUUGAAACCACUCAAGCUGUUUACGUAUGCUCAUAUGGACAAGAAGCUUUGGGGAAUGCUAUGUGCCUCGCAUCAUCAAUAUGAUAAGGAUACGAAUGAAUACGUCAACUUUAUGGUGCGCCUUGGUCCUAUCCCUAGUUUCCAGACAUUUACUGUCAAGCCAUUCUCACCCGACUCGGAUGAAAUGCCACCACCUACAACAACGGUGCAUGAGCCCAUAUGGAGGCAUUUAGGUGCAUGGAAGACAAUGGAGGUGCUAAAGCCAUCAUACAUUCAUUCAUUCAACAUGACCAAGAACUACAUCAUUGUUCCCAACUUCCCCUACUACUAUGGAUUUGGCGGGAUGGCAGCCAUUUAUUACUCGAAUGCAUAUCAAACAUUUCAUUGGGAAGAAAAUCGACGCACACUAUUCCACGUGAUUGAUCGGCACACGGGUCGACAUGUAGCAACAUACGAAGCGGAUCCAUGCUUUGGAUUUCAUGCAGCCAAUGCAUGGGAUGAAGAGGUGUUACUUCCAGGUGGAGAAAAGGAGCGAGUCAUCUAUUUGGAUUAUUGCAUGUAUGAGAAUACCGAUAUUGUGGAUGCCAGCUUUGAGCUUGGAAAAGCAGCACCUGGUGGCAAGGUCAAUGAGAGCAAGGUCAAACCUGUACGAUUUGUGGUCAAAAAGAAGGCACAAGGCAAACCUGGAAACAAGAUUGCACCAGCUCAAGUGCGUAGAUAUCGACUUGGACAAGUGCCUCGCAGCGAUGAGAAUCAGAAUGCAUGGUCACCGGGAAAUUUGACAGGCGGAUAUUUGUUUUCAGGGAUGCUCGAGUACAAUAAGCGUCGUGUUGCUUCUUACACCGUUUUGGCCCAUGACGUCGAAUUACCUCGAUUCAACGAACAAUACAACCUCUCAAAGUAUCGCUUCCUUUAUGGUGUUUGUGAGUCACGCUAUGCUCCUUCUUAUGCUGCAGGUGCCGUUGUGAAUGGCCUCAUCAAAGUUGAUCUUGAUCACCCGUUUCUUGGCUCCAACACGCACCCCGAUAGCACAGCAAUGAUGUGGGAUCAACCUGGAUGUUCUUGCUCAGAGCCCGUAUUUGUGCCUAAACCAGAUGCAACCCGUGAAGACGAUGGUGUUAUUUUAUCCGUGGUCAACAAGACAACCGAGGAUGGCAGUGAAUCAUGCUUUUUGUUGGUGUUGGAUGCACAAUCGAUGCAAGAAAUGGGUCGUGCCACUCUUGGAGACUUUAAUGCCUUGACGUUGCAUGGAUCGUUUGUGGAUGCUAAUGGUGUAGCUGUUGCCAUUAAUUAG